AUGCCUGCCAGGCAGCACGAUCACCGGGCGUCGCGGCAUUCGCUCGGAACAUGCGGUCCUUUGGGCAAGACAUCGUGUGCGCCUUCCUCGACACUCUCCACUUCUCAUCUCUCCUCAUCUAUCGACAACACAAUGGCGCCAAGGAAGAGGACCACCGCUGCGACCAAGCAGAAGGAUACUGUUGAUGAGCAGGAGCGCGAGAUCGUAGCCCUCAGGCGCGAGAACGAGGCCAACAGGCAGUCGUCGCGCAACAUGCUUGACCUGCUCGUUGCGGUCUGCUUCUUCAUCUGUCUCUCCCAGAUCAGGCGGUACAUGGCCCAACCUUCCGGUCCCCUCCUCCCACUGAGUAUUGCGCAGGCCGUCCUCGUCCCGCUCUCGCUGUCACCCAAGUGGCUCCCCUUCCUCCAAGGGAGGGGAUGGGCGAACCACCCCCUCGUCGCUGCUGCGCACCUCAUCCUCUUCUUCGCCAUGCUCGUCCUCGGCAAGACGCCCGAGACCCCCUUGCCCGAGACGCUGCGCUGGGCCGUACCCGAGCUCGUUGCUGGUGCUGUUGAGCUCCAGCGCCGCUCUGAGGUGCAGGCUGAGGCUGCGCUGGAGCGCCUCGAGAGGCUCAAGUAUCCCCUCAAGGGUGCUUAG